GCCGCCGCCGCUGCCGCUGGGGAAUCCGCCCGCCAGCACGCCAGCCUGCGCUUCGCGUGCCCUGGUAGUCAGGAUCAGAUGAAACAUUGUCUGCCUUGCCCUCUGACAUAGCCGAAAGUGACUUCUUAGGUUUCUUCAGGAUGCCUGCAGCACUUGUGGAGAAUAGCCAGGUUAUUUGUGAAGUCUGGGCCAGCAAUCUAGAAGAAGAGAUGAGGAAGAUCCGAGAAAUCGUGCUCAGUUACAGUUACAUUGCCAUGGACACAGAAUUUCCAGGUGUUGUGGUGCGACCAAUUGGUGAAUUUCGCAGUUCCAUAGAUUAUCAGUAUCAGCUUCUGCGGUGCAAUGUUGACCUUUUGAAAAUUAUCCAGCUGGGCCUUACAUUCACGAAUGAGAAGGGGGAAUAUCCUUCUGGAAUCAACACUUGGCAGUUCAACUUCAAAUUCAAUCUUACAGAGGACAUGUACUCCCAGGAUUCCAUAGACCUCCUUGCUAACUCAGGACUGCAGUUUCAGAAGCAUGAAGAGGAAGGGAUUGACACACUACACUUUGCAGAGCUGCUUAUGACAUCAGGAGUGGUUCUCUGUGACAAUGUUAAAUGGCUUUCAUUUCACAGUGGCUAUGAUUUUGGCUAUAUGGUAAAGUUGCUUACAGAUUCUCGUUUGCCAGAAGAGGAACAUGAAUUCUUUCAUAUUCUGAACCUUUUCUUCCCAUCCAUUUAUGAUGUGAAAUACUUGAUGAAGAGUUGUAAAAAUCUUAAGGGAGGUCUUCAGGAAGUUGCUGAUCAGUUGGAUUUGCAGAGAAUUGGAAGGCAGCACCAGGCAGGCUCAGACUCACUGCUGACGGGAAUGGCGUUCUUCAGGAUGAAAGAGUUGUUUUUUGAGGACAGUAUUGAUGAUGCCAAGUACUGUGGACGGCUCUAUGGCCUAGGCACGGGAGUGGUCCAGAAGCAGAAUGAGGAUGUGGACUCUGCCCAGGAGAAGAUGAGCAUCUUGGCGAUUAUCAACAACAUGCAGCAGUGAUGACAGCAAGCUCUGUGGGGUGGGCUCAAUCCUCAAGUGGUGCUUACUGUGCUGACUGGUUACUUGUCUUCCCCACAAGAAAAUGCAUCUUUUGAGCAAACCCUACCUACCGUCUGCAUUGAGCAGAAAGACUUUUGUUUUACUGAAGACAAAAGAUGUCUUCAUUUUAGAUCCAGAAGAGAAGAGUUUGCUCUGAAUUUGUAAACAAGUCUUCCCUAUUCUGCAUCCCCAAGCCUCUCCUCUCCAAUUGCCUCCUGCCACCAGCAUUUAUGGCUCAUUUGACACCUUUUAAAAUACCUAGGACAAGUCUGAAACAAACUAGUAAAAUGUAUAUAACUCUUACCUGUUGUCAUUUUUUUUCUUUUAAAUUUCUUGUUAAUUUCUGAUGAUUCUUGCUAUGAUUCUCAGCUGAACUGAGGGCUUUCAGGGAAAAUGGGACAAAAUGGUGUUCUUGUGAAGUGGGUUAUCAAUACUGAGUUGUUUCCUUUUUUGACCCUGUUCGAGGACACUUGCUUUCCUCACAUUUUGGUAGUCUUACUUUGGAAUGAAUUGCUCAGUGCUGAAAUUAGAGACCAGAUAAUGAAACUUUUCUUAAACACAAACAAUUCUACUAAAUCUGUCUACCCUUCAUUCAUGAGAAACUCCAGAAUUGGUAUUAAGUUGACCACUUCAGUGUCUGUGUUCCAUUGUGCCAUUGAGAUUUGCUAUCACAUAUGCAUCAUCUGAAAUAAUUUUUUCAUAUAAUAAUCCUGGGUUUGUUCCUGAAGGAAAUUAAUAAGAUCAGAUUUUGGGGUUAUGGCUGUUGUAUUUUCAGUAAUAUUCAGAUGGUCAUUUGUAUUCUCCCACCCCUCUUCUCCAUUUUCCCUGCUGCUUUCAGCAAUCCUGAGAAGUUAGGGAGAUGGAUUAAUGUGAAUGCCAGGAAUGUGAGUCUUUAAAAAGGUAUAACGGUUACACAUAAAUAGUGCAGUAAAGGAAUUUGGCUUAUGGAGUUUUCUCGGAGUAGUAUCCCACAACUGGGGUAAGAAGCUCUGGACUUUUUUUUUUUAAAGGUAGUCAUUUAAAAAAUACACUAUUUUUUUGAAUGACUACAAUUUCAAAAACCAAAAACCCCUUUGGAAUGGUGGAUAUAAAACUUGUUAACUCAUUGAAGUGGUUGACUAUCCUUGCAUUUUUAAAAGCUUAUGGAAAACUCAAUUCGAAAUGAUUCAAAAAUGUCAAGUAUAAACUGGUAUUUAAGAUGCAUGUAAAUAUUCAUGUUUUUAAUUUUGUAAAAUAAAGAUUUCUUUUAACCACUGA